AUGGCCCCCGAUCAGAAACUCCCUUGGGUGCGCUUGCCAGAGCCCUACAAGACAUCCUACGCCUUUCAAGUCCUCUCCGUGGAACAUGGCCUGCGGACCUUCCAACUGCGGCGUGCUGCUCGCCCAGACGAUGGCAUUCCCCCUCCGGUGUCGCUUGAUCAUGCUUCCUUGAAAUUCACAGACCUGUCACAACCUGAUUCCUCUAUCAUUCCUCCGCUCGGAAACAACUCAGCCUGGGCUCGCGCUCAGCGAAGUCCAAUCACAAAGUUCAGUUGGGACAGCACCGACGCACCAUCAGUCGGACAAAUCUGGAAUGUCAUCUACGCCCUCCUCAUCCUCUACACCGAUUUCGAAAUCUUUCGCGUUGUCCUUUCAGGGGAGGGCAAGGAGCUUCUAUCACAAGAACUGCAGGCAGUCGGUCUUGCCACGGAACAUCCCAACCCCUCUGCUCCGCCGGGUCAGCCGGUGCCCGAGUCUACAGACCAUGUCGGCCAAUUGGUCGUCUUCCGCAGCAUGUUCUGGCAGGGAGCUGGCUCCCCGUUUGGAACAAGGCCGGCGUGGAUUGUUGGCUCUGAGACUGAUAAGCCUUUGCGAAAGUCUGCGGCGGCUUUUCCGACAUUUCCGGUUCAACAUAUUUUGACGACCAAGUUUCCUGGUGUUCGUGUCCAUGCUGUUCACCCUAUCCGCCCUGCGAAGCCAGCUCCGGGCUCGUGUAUCUACAGUCGCUACAUUCCGCAUCUGGAUGAGUUCUUUUCAAUUUGGGUGUUGGACUACACGAACGAGGAGCAUCUGAAGUUGUUCAACAAAUGGCAGAAUGACCCCCGGGUGGCGCAGGGCUGGAAUGAAACUGGAACCCCAGAUCAGCAUCGCGAGUAUCUGCGCAAGAUUCACGAGGACCCUCAUCAGAUGGCGGUGCUUGCCAAGUUUAAUGAUACUUUCUUUUCGUAUCAUGAGAUUUACUGGACUAAGGAGGACCAUUUAGGAGUCAACUACAACGCAGACGACUACGACCGCGGCCGCCACUCCCUCGUCGGUGACCAGCGUUUCCGCGGACAACACCGGGUGAUGGUCUGGUGGUGCAGCAUCAUGCACUAUAUGUUCCUCGACGAACCACGCACAAAAUACAUCGUAGGCGAGCCCAAAUUCACCAACCUCGCACCACUAGCCUACGACCACGCCACGGGCUUCAACAUUGAGAAACUAGUCGACUUGCCGCAUAAGCGGUCUGCGCUAGUUAAAUGUCCGCGAGAGAAAUUCUUCCACAUUUCACCGUUCCGGUUCGAUGGGUCGGAUCACUUGGAGCGGAAUCCGUUCCGAGCUUUGAAGCUGUGA